AUGCUGAUACUGGCAUUGCUAUGCCUUUUGCUUCCAAUUCUAUUCACAUACAGUGCUGCAUCACCGGAACUCACCGUAGAAUCUUCACUCUACUUGUCAAGAGCUGCUAGCAUUGUCAUGUUGGCUGCAUAUUUUGUUUACUUGAUCUUUCAACUAUUGACACAUAGGCAACUAUUUGAAGCUGAAGAUGAAGGCGGAGAUGAGAACAUUGAGGCAGAAGAGGUUGUGAUUGGAUUUUGGAGUGGAUUUGCUUGGUUGGCUGGAAUGACUGUGUUCACUGCGUUGUUGUCUGAAUACGUGGUCGAUACAAUUGAGUUAUGCAUAAGUCAGGAGCAGGUUUGGAUUGAAUUAUUCAUAAUCUUGCUUCCAAUAGUUGGCAAUGCAACUGAACAUGCUGGAGCAAUCAUUUUUGCUUUCAAGAACAAGCUUGACAUUUCCUUAGGUGUUGCAUUGGGCUCUGCUACUCAAAUUGCCAUGUUUGUGGUUCCCCUCUGUGUUACUGUUGGUUGGGGAAUGGGAGUGAAUAUGGACCUAAACUUCAACCUCAUUGAGACAGGUUCUCUUGCUGUGGCAAUUAUAGUCACAAGCUUCACUUUACAGGAAAAAGAAAACUUGUUACCAUCUCUUUUAAAAAUUCUAAAAAGCUCUGCAGUGGCACGUGGUGUAAGGCCAGGAUUACUUUCGGAUCCGUAG